AAUACCACCUCUGCUGAAUGGACAUUCUUUCUCAUCUCCAAUUAAUUACUUCUGAGUUUGCACUCAAACGUAAAAGCCUUCAAUCAUGGUUGCCAUCACUUACGAUGUUGAGAUUCCUUCCUCAAUCCCAGCCGCCAAGAUGUUUAAGGCCGUUGUCCUCGAUGCAGACACCCUUAUUCCUAACAUCAUGCCUCAGGCUAUUAAGAACGUCGAAAUCUUGGAAGGAGAUGGCGGUGUUGGAACCGUCAAGAUCAUCCACUUUGGUGAGGGCAGCCAGUAUAAGAGCGCUAAGCACCGUGUUGAUGCUAUUGACACGGAGAAUUUGACCCACAGCUACACCAUCGUCGAGGGUGAUGCUCUGGCGGGCGUUCUUGAAUCCAUCACAUAUCAUGUGAAGAUUGUGCCGACAGAAGAUGGAGGAUGCAUCUGCAAGAACAGGAGCAUUUACCACACCAAGGGCGACGUUGAGAUCAAUGAAGAGAAAAUCAAGGAAGGAAAGGAGAAGGCAUUGCAGAUGUUCAAGGCCAUUGAGGCUUACCUUCAAGCCAAUGCCUAAGAGCAAAUUAUACAACCUGAGGCACAAUUUCCCUUAUUUUUAAGAUUCUAUUGUGAUAUAUUUUGUUCUUGAUUUUGAGUUAUGUACUUGGGGGCUUGAAGGUAGCAUCAUAAACUUAAAGUUGUAAGUUACUGUACCAUUUCAAUAAAAGUUAUUGUUUCUCAGAUUGCAAUUAAGUUUGAUAUCACUUGAUUCGGAAUGUUCUGAUACGGAUUGGAUCUU